AUGGAUUUUAGUAUUUCUUCUAGCUUACCAUUAGAAGCUCAAAAAUUAUUGGAGGAGCUAAUUAUCGAUUAUAAAGAAGAAAACCUAACUCCCAAAGGUUAUCUUAAAAAGAGACAACUGUUACUAGAUUCUUAUAAAAAUGUUCGAUCCCCAUCAAAAUCCAUAAAAAUACACAAAACAAAUGGUAGCUUACUAUCAUCCUCAACAGCAUCUUUCGAAUCAAUGUCAAUAAUAUCCCCUGAACCCUCUUUAUACAAAGUAACCACAACUACAUCCUCAAACAAUAAUAAUAGCAGCAAUAUUAUAGAAAGCAAAUCUCCGCUUAAUAGUAAUAAUAAUAAUAAUAAUAAUAAUAAUAGUUAUAAUGACAACGAAAACUCAUUGAUGGUAAUGAAAAAUAAAAAUAAUCCAUCAAAUAAUAAUAAACUGACACCAGCAUCCUCAACAUCGUUAAGAAUAUCAAGAACAAACACUUCGGCGAGCACUAAUAACAGCUCCAACAAUAAAGGUAAUGUCAAAAGAAGAUUAUCGCAAAUAUCUUUACCGUUUUCUCCGGAUAGUGGAGAAUAUGAUCCAAUGACUCCUCUGUUACCCCGUGUUGAAAAAUUAACUUCUACUUUCAAAGGUGCUUCUUUGCCAGCUAUAUUACGUGCGAGAUCGCAAUUGCAAGCCAAAGAAACUGCAUUGAUUAUAGUCAAUCAUAAAAAUAAAGAAACUGUCAUAUCCUGGGAAAAAUUAUACUUGAGAUCGGAAAAAAUUGCUCAUGAAUUAUCAAAAAGUAAAUCCCUAUAUAAAAUGGAUAAAGUGUUGUUGUGGUUUAACAGAGAUGAUGUCAUAGAAUUCGCUGUUUCUCUAUUUGGUUGUUUUAUCUCUGGUAUGAUUGCUGUUCCAGUUAGUUUCGAGACUUAUUCUUUAAACGAAAUUAUCGAAAUUGUAAAAUUAACAAAUUCCAAAACUAUUAUUAUAUCGGAGGAUGCAUCAAAGCAAUUGACAAAUUUAACAACAUCUAAUGGGAAACUGAAGUUGAUUAAAAGCGACUUUUUUUCUAAAAUCACUUUCGUAAAAUCCUCCGAUAUGGGCAUAUACAGCAAAGCUAAAAAAAUCCAACCGAUUUUCGAUAUUCCAAGCAUCUCCUAUAUCGAAUUCACAAGGACCCCAUUAGGCAAAUUAUCCGGUGUAGUAAUGAAACAUAAAAUUUUGGAGAAUCAAUUUGAAACUUUUUCCUCAAUUAUAAAUUCAAGACUAAACUCUUUGAGAGCUUCAGCCACAAAAAAAACUUCCGCUAAUAGCAUCAUCAGACCUUUAACAGCCUCGAGUGGUGGGUCAGCUAGGAGACGUUUUAUAACAGUCAAUACAUUGGAUACCACAAGAAAUAGUGGGUUGGUGCUAGGACUAUUGUUCAAUAUAUAUACCGGUAAUUUAAUGGUAUCCGGAGAUAGCAAACACAUUUUGACCACGAGUGGUGGUUUUGAAACUCUAAUUGAUAAAUAUAGAGCAGAUAUUAUAUUAAGUGAUCAAUUACAAUUAAAGCAAGUCGUUAUUAACUAUUUGGAUAAUCCAGAAGUUUCUUCAAAAAAAAGGAAACAAAGGGUUGACUUUAGUUGUAUUAAAUUUUGUUUCACAACAUGUACCACAAUAGAUACAGAUGUGAGCGAAAUGAUCGUUCACAAAUGGUUAAAAAAUUUAGGUGGUAUGGAUGCGUCCCAAUGCUACAGUCCGAUUUUAACAUUACCUGAUUUCGGUGGGAUUUUCAUCUCCUUAAAAGAUCAGCUAGGUAAACUAGAAAAUUUCCCGUUGCAUGAUCCUAAAUUAAGACUGCAAGAUGACUUGUUUAUAGAAAAGGAAGUCCUAAAGGAAAAUAUUAUUAAACCCAGUAUUACUGCAAUGAUCAAUGCAUCUUCCUCAACACAAAAUUUCAUCAGACUAGCGUCCUUUGGCUAUCCAAUUCCAGAUAGUUAUGUCGCAAUAGUUAAUCCAGAUGAUGGUACUCUAGUACAAGACUUGACGGUCGGUGAAGUCUGGAUCUCUUCUCCUACCAUUACUGACGAAUUUUAUCAAAUGGAUAAAGUUAAUGAAUUUGUUUUUAACGCCAAAAUCAAUUACACGGAAAUGUUUAGAAUGUUACGGGCAAGUAAAUCAUCUUCCUCGAUAGUUGAGAAACUAAGGACCAUUAUGACUACAUGCACUACCAAUUUGAAAUUUUUAAGAACCAAAUUAAUGGGGUUUGUUCAUAACGGACGUAUUUUCAUUUUAUCUUUAGUGGAGGAUAUGAUUUUGCAAAAUAAAUUAAUUAGGCUGCCAAAUUGGUCUCAUACAAGCGAUUUAACCAAAUCUAAAAACAUCGAAAAGAAACGAAGAUUAGUACAAACACAUUAUUUACAACACAUCACUGAAAACCUAGUAAGAACCGUUGAAUAUGUCUUAGAAGUCAGUGCCUUUGAAUUGCCUCAAAACAAGGAUGAACAUUUUUUGGUUAUGUGUGUAGAAUCUACUUAUUUAAGAAAUUCGGCCCUAACCAUAGCCAAUAAUGAUUCUGUAACAACGGUGGGGUCGUCAAAUUCAGUUCAAAAAUUGGAAAAAACUUUGAAUGCCUUGUUGGAAAAAAUUUACAAGAUAUUAUGGAUUUUCCAUAAGAUUCAACCAUUUUGUAUUAUGCUUCUACCACCUGGUUCAUUACCUAAGCGGUACUGUUCUUUAGAAAUAGCAAACAGUAUUGUUGAAAAAAAAUUUUUUAGUGGUGAACUAAAUUCAAAAUUUGUAAAAUUUCAGUUGGACAAUGUAAUACUAGAUUUUGUUCCCCAUUCUUCCUAUUAUAAUGAAAGCAUAUUUAGUGAACAUUUAUCAGAGUUAAGACACAAAGCUAUUGGGCAAAAUAUUAAUCAGCAUUUUGGAAACGUAAAUUUGGAAAAAUUUUGGCAAACUUCAGGGAUAGAUUUUAGGGAUAAAACUGUAGAUACGAGAUCAAAUAUUGUUUUAACAUCUUUCACUUCCAUAAUGGAUAUUUUGCAGUGGAGAAGUAAAAACCAACCAAAUGAUUUUGCAUUUAGCGAUGGCCAGGUUAGUGGUAGUGGCGGUAGUUUGGCUAAUAAUAAUGGGAAUAACUAUCAUAAAAAUGUUUCCUGGAGACAAUUUGAUAAUAUAGUGGCAUCAUUUUUGAAAAAAAUCAUUGAUUCCAAAACGCCAUUGAAAGCGGGGGAUCCCAUCGUAAUUAUUGCCGAAAAUUCUGUAGAGUAUGCUGCGAUGGUUAAUGCCUGUUUCUACUGUGGGUUUUUGGUUAUCCCACUCCCUGUUUUCAAAGAUAGUACUGCCACGGAAAAUGUUCUGCUUUUAGUAAACAUCGUUAAAUCCUAUAAAGUUAAAAGAAUUUUUGUGGAUGGGAAACAUUUCACGUUGUUAGAUGACAAUACAUUGACAAGUAAAAUGCUAAAAAAAUAUAAAAAUGAAAUCCCCAAGAUAACUAAUUUUUCAAAAAUAAAGAAAAGGCAGAAAUUGCUCAUUACUGAUUGUAAAACCAUCAUGAAAUCUAAGUACAAGUAUGGCCGACUGCAGAAAGCCGGAUGUGUUAUAUGGAUCGAUAAAGAAACCGAUAUCAAUCUAAACACCAAUGUGGUAAUGAACCACCCAUUAUUACUAAAUAUGUGUAAAAUUAUCAAGGAGACAUUGAAAAUGUCCAGUGAUACCCGUAUUCUAUCGUGUUGUAGACAUACCAAUGGAAUUGGGUUUUUGCAAAGCUGUUUGUUAGGUAUAUAUGUCGGCACUACGACUACAUCCUUUAGUUCUUCCGACAUUUAUCAUGAUAUCACUGAGUUUUUAAUUGCUUUGCAGAAUUUAAAUAUCAAAGAUUUGUAUCUAUCCCCUGAAUUUUUAACUUUUGUGCUACAAAAGGCAAAUGAGUUUUUGACACAACACGAAAUAUAUGAUAAAAGGAACAAUGAUUCUAAGAUUAAAAAUGCACAUUUAAAACCUUUUUUUUUAAAAAACGUUGCCAACAUCAUAGUUCCAUUUUCUGGAAGGCCACGAACGGAUUUGAUUGAAUCUUUAAUAAGGAAAUAUCCGCAAAUUGGUUGCACAAACCUGAAUGUUAAUUAUUUAUAUGAACAUAGAUUUAAUCCUUUCGUUUCGGUGAGGUCCUACCUUGGAAUUCCGCCCGUGCACGUGUAUUUGGAUCCAGAAUCUUUAAGAGAAGGUACUAUAAAGGAGGUGGAUCCCCAUGUUACCAACGAUUAUAUUUGUUUACAGGAUAGUGGUAUUGUUCCAGUUUGUACUUUAGUCUCUAUUGUUAAUCCAGAAACAAGGAAACUAUGUUAUUCCGGUGAGAUAGGCGAAAUUUGGUGUUGUUCUGAAGAAAAUUCCUAUGACUAUUAUAUUGCUAAUUUGGAUCAAAAACCUUUGCUUCAAAAUAAAGCGCCAUCGAAUAAAGCUGCUAAGACUUAUAAAUUACAAAAAGAAAAAUUUAUCACUUCACAGUUCAAUAGCAAAAUCAAUAACGGUGGCGUGAAUGAUAGUUUAACAUACUUGCGUACAGGUGAUUUGGGUUUCAUGAGAAGUUUUACUAAAAUUGAUGACCGUGGUAAUAAAUUGAACCUAGCAUUAUUAUACGUUUUAGGUGGCAUACAUGAAACUAUAGAAAAUUUGGGCUUAACUCAUUUUGUGGUGGACUUGGAGAAAACUAUCAUUAAUACACAUGCAAGUAUUGCUAAUUGUAUGGUUGCUAAAGUGGGCGGGUUUUUAAGUUGUAUAGUAGAAAUGAAAAAAGAGAAAAAUCGGCCAGAACAUUCAAAUAUUGUUUCAUUGAUAGUUGCAAUGUUAUUGAAAAAACAUGGUGUUAUUUUAGAUUUAUGUUGUUUUGCCAAAUGUGGUGCCUUAACAUCCAAAUAUUUUGACUGGCAUAAAAACCGAAGAAAUAUAUUAACGAAUUGGAUUAACAAAAACAUAGUUAUCGAGGAUAGUUAUGGAACUAAUUUCGGAGAGAAUACGUCAUUAUAUUUGCUUUCUGAUUUUGAAACUCAGAAAUGA